AUGAAUAGCAUAAUCCCUUCGUUCGGCUACAUACCCUCCACCCCUGACUCCACCGCAGUCGCAACAUGGUCACCUUCAUCCAAAGCCAAUGCUCCUGGUGACUCACCCUUCAUAUUCGAUCCCACUAGUGACAUUGUUUCUUCUUGGAACCAUGUGUUCUUGAUCAUUUGCAUUAUGGCAAUGUUCAUAGACCCUCUUUACUUCUUCCUCCCUUACGUCGGAGGCCCGGCAUGCCUGUCCUCCGAUGCCAGCAUGGGAGUUUUCAUUACUGUUUUAAGGUCCAUGGCGGACCUUUUGUACCUUAUAAACAUGCUUAUGAAGUUUAGGACCGGUUUCAUCGCCCCAAAUUCUAGGAUUUUCGGAAAGGGUGAACUUGUUAUGGAUCCGAGGGAGAUUGCCCUGCGCUACUUGAAGAAGGAUUUUGUCAUUGAUCUUGCUGCUGCCUUACCACUACCUCAGUUUGUGAUAUGGGUGUUGAUUCCUACCACAAGAAACUUGAGAACAGAUCAUGCAGACAGCACCAUUGCUCUUAUGGUUCUCCUUCAAUAUGUUCCAAGGCUGUUUAUUAUUUUUCCUCUUAACAACAAGAUCAUCAAAACCAAUGGGAUUCUUGCCAAAACUGCUUGGGUUGGUGCUACAUACAAUCUCCUUCUCUAUCUCCUUGCCAGCCACGUAUUGGGAGCGAUAUGGUACAUGUGCUCGAUAGCGAGGCAGUUUUCGUGUUGGAAUCACGAAUGCGUUAGAGAGAACCUCUCAAGAACUGUUUCUUGCGUCCCAAGUUUCCUAGAUUGUAAUAGCUUGACAAAACCAGAGAGGCAAUAUUGGGCGAAUGUGACCAACGUGCUGACGAACUGUGAUGCGUCCAACGAAGAAGUUGAUUUCAAAUUCGGAAUGUUUGCAGCUGCUUUCACUAAUGAUGUUGCCUCACAGAACUUUGUCGUCAAGUAUUUGUAUUGUUUUUGGUGGGGUCUAAGAAAUUUAAGUUCAUAUGGGCAGAAUUUGGAAACAAGCAUAUAUAUAUGGGAGAAUAUUUUUGCCAUUUCCAUAUGCUUAUUUGGGUUGGUUCUCUUUGCACUAUUGAUUGGCAACAUGCAGACUUCGUUGCAAUCAAUGACAGUAAGAAUCGAGGAGUGGAGGCUUAAAAGAAGGGAUACAGAGGAGUGGAUGAGGCACCGCCAGUUACCUGAAGCUUUGCAGCAACGUGUUCAACGAUUUGUCCAAUACAAAUGGCUGACCACAAGAGGAGUUGAUGAAGAGUUUAUAUUGAAGUCACUGCCUUUGGAUCUCCGCCGCGAAAUUCAACGCCAUUUGUGUCUGUCCCUUGUUCGCCGUGUUCCUUUCUUCUCACAAAUGGAUGACCAACUUCUCGACGCGAUGUGCGAGCGUCUAGUCUCAUCAUUGAGUACCAAAGGCAAUUACAUCGUCCGAGAAGGUGAGCCAGCCAACGAGAUGCUCUUCAUCAUUCGAGGCCAACUCGAGAGCUCAACCACUGGCGGAGGAAGAACCGGUUUCUUCAACUCCAUCACUCUUCGACCAGGCGAUUUCUGCGGCGAAGAGCUUCUAACAUGGGCUUUAAUGCCCAAUUCCACCCUCAACCUCCCCCUCUCAACUCGAACGGUGAGAGCCGUAUCCGAGGUCGAAGCCUUUGCGCUCCAAGCAGACGACCUCCAAUUCUUCGCGCAUCAAUUCAAGCGACUACAGAGCAAGAAGCUCCAACAUGCUUUCAGAUAUUAUUCUCAUCAAUGGCGGAUGUGGGGAGCGACGUUCGUAGAAGCUGCUUGGAGAAGGUUCAAGAAGAGAAAAAUGACAAAAGAGUUGAUGGCAAGGGAGAACGGUUUCCAUUAUAGGACAGAUGGAGAUGGUUACUAUGACAACAUUGGAGAUGCAGAAGAAGAAGAGUUACUUGAUCAUCAAGGUAUUGAUAGGGCUGAAGGCACAUCAACGUCGUCUAUGGAUAAUUCACACGAUAAUUCGCAACUUGGAGCAACCGUUUUGGCAUCAAAGUUUGGUAAAAUUACUAAAAAAGGGUCUAAAGUUACUUUUAUUGAUCCUUCUGCUGAAAAGAUGCCCAAGUUAUUUAAACCAAAUGAGCCUGAUUUCUCUGUAUAGCAUAUCGAAAAUGUUUAGAUAGACCAAUUUUA